UCAUGUUCCAGUAUAUUUUCGUGGAUUUUUGCAAUUAAUUCAUCCAUACAUAUAAGUUAAGGAAUGAACAGCGUUGGACCUGAGUGUAAUGACUUGAAGAAAGAAUACGAUUCUUGCUUCAAUGUGUGGUAUUCGGAGAGCUUCCUCAAAGGUGACUACAAAAGUGAUCCUUGUAGUGAGCUGCUCAAGAACUACAGAGCAUGUGUUUUGAAGGCCAUCAAGGAGAAAAAUAUAGAUCUUUCAGAUAUUGAAACAGAUGUCCUUGGAACCAACAGAGAAAAGCAACCACCUCCAGAAAAGUAACCACCUUUCAUAAAAUCUUGCAAAGUCAUCACCAAUGUUAGCAGGUCAAUGUAGUUAUCCCAGACAAUAGCCAAGAAACCACUUGUACUUGGCAUGGAAUCAAACACAAUUAUUUGGUAGCCUUCUGACAAAGUUUACCACAUGAUUAAGUGUUUGAAAGCUUGAAAACUACAGCUACCAGGCACUGGUUGUAGUCCACUGUCAUCUCUGGUUAGAUAACAUGAAAUUCUCUGUAUGGUGUUUGGAGUGUAAAAACAGUUUGCUUAAUUUGCAGCAAAAAUGCUAUUAACUUCUCUGUUGACUAUUGGCCAGACAUAAUUUGAUAUGAAUGUACUACAAGAAAAAUAAAAUAUGAUGGAACCCUGUUCAGCUAGUUUAAUAAUUACUCUUACAUUCAUUUCCUUUCACUCCCAAAGUCUCAUUUUAGUAAUUCUCUGUACUGUCUAUAAUACAAUUUAUCAACAAAUAAUCCCCUAAUUUAUAAAUUUCCAUAUUCUCAUUGCUUGUCUGCUUGAGAUUGUAUUGACAUUGUAACGAGAAAUUAUUUCUUGGUCACCCUUGGAAGUAAGGGGUUUAUUUUGAAUACUUUGGAAUCAAAAAGCGAAGUUUUGCUCUUUCAUAAUAGUCAUAUAUCAGUUUUCCACCUUGUGCUGGCCAGUCAAUUUAAAACCAGCUGUUCAGAUGUUUUCACAUGGCAUACAACUCAAUUUUUUUGAACAGAUGUUUAUAGGCCAACUCUCCAGGAUACAGGAAAAAUAUCCCUGUUAUCACCAUACAGUAAAUACUAGUUUUGAAUUUAGGGACAGAUACAAAUUUAUUUCUUGCACCAUCUUGUGUUUUUUAUUCAUAAUAAUUUGUAAAAUUUUUAAUUUCAGGAAUAGUUGUGAAAUGUAGAAUGAACUUUACUUAAAGCAGUAGUAAAUAAUAGGAACAUUUGUGAAUAAAAUUGAU